AUGGAAGUAGGAGGAGGAGAAGAAGAAAGAAGAGUAGUACUCAAUAAUUACGAUCUACAACAAGUGACUUCGUCGUCGACGACGAUCCAAGAGAAUAUGAACUUCCUCGUUCCAUUUGAAGAAACUAAUGUCUUAACCUUCUUCUCUUCUUCUUCUUCCUCUCCUUCUUUCCCCAUCUACAACUCUUCUUCUACUACUAAUAAUACUCAUGCACCUCUAGGGUUUUCUAGUAAUCUUCAGGGUGGAGGACCUUUGGAAGCAAAGAUGGUUAAUGAUGAUCAGGACAACAUUAGGGGUGGAUUUAACAAUGAUAUGCAUUCUAGUUCUUGGUGGAGAUCAAGUAGUGAGAGUGGAGAGAUGAAAAACAAAGUGAAGAUACGGAGGAAACUAAGAGAACCAAGGUUCUGUUUCCAGACGAAAAGCGAUGUGGACGUUCUCGAUGAUGGUUACAAAUGGCGUAAAUAUGGUCAGAAAGUCGUCAAGAACAGCCUUCACCCCAGGAGUUAUUACAGAUGCACACACAACAACUGUAAGGUGAAGAAGAGGGUGGAGAGGCUGUCGGAAGAUUGUAGAAUGGUGAUUACUACUUACGAAGGUCGUCACAACCACAUUCCCUCUGAUGAGUCCACUUCUCCUGACCAUGAUCAUUGUCUCACUUCCUUCUAA